AUGUCUCGGUCUCCUCCGAGCCCCACAAGAAGAAGUGAAGUGGAAGAAGAUCAACAACAACUAGACUCACCCACAUUGUUGCUCGCCACCACCACACACCAGCAUCCUCCUCCUCAACAACCAAAAACUCCUCCUAUUCCGAUCAAUUCCAAUGCAUCAUCCUCAUUGCCUGUUGCUGGUAGUUUGAAGACUUCUUCAUUGAAACAUCAUUCUCACUCUUCUUCUCCGUCCUCUCAUAACAAGAAGACUGUUACCUUCACUCCGAUAGAGUCCAGUAUACUUGCUAAGAAUUUAAAGGAUCAAGAGGAUAAGAAGACAUCGAAUACAAGCAGCAAUAAUGCCGUAAUGGUGGCCAUUGAGGAUGAUGAGCCUCCGUCCACUAAAUAUUACCAAAUUGGUGAUGAUGAUGAAAACGAAGAUAACAGUAUCAAAUUAAAGGCAAAAACAACUCCAACAACUUCGCCAAUUCCAAACACAUCGCAACCAGGCACUCCACGAAGUACUAAAUCAUCAUCCAAGAAAAAGAAACCUAUCGUAUUCAAUCAUACAGUUUUGACAUGGUUCAGAACACAGAGGCAGUCAUUGAAACAGAGAAGAGCAAAUGCAACACCAGAAGACAUGUUGUCGACAGGCCCUUUAACGAAAUUUUGGAAAUACGGAAAAAUUCCUUGGAAAAUGAUGAUACAAAUUGUAUUGGUGAUGCUCAUUACAGUUGAAGUUGUACUUCUCUCACAACACAGAAACUACUUUUUCAUUUCUUCUGAUGCUUCGUUUGCAAAUCAAUUUCUAAAGGAUGGAUACGAAAAUUAUGAACAAAGUCUCUACGGUUUUUAUACUUCGUAUUUUUAUAAUGCUCAAGAGGUGGUGGAUGACAUUUCAAAAACAGUGUCAACUUAUUACUCUUUUCCACAGAAAAAUGUCGAUAUUUGGGUUUUCCCAAGAGAUACUCGCCAACGAGAUUUAAUCAAACCUGUUCGAAUUGAUAUUAAAUUGUUCAAAGAUAAUCCAAGACUGUUUGGCGCUGGUGAUUAUGGGAGAGAGCCAUUCAUUGUUGAGAGUGAUAUUCUCACAAAACGAGAACCUUUGGGAGUGAUUUUGAAGUCUUAUCUUCAAAAUUCAACUAGAGACUUUUUUGAUCGGUUAUACGAACUAACUCUCACCAUCAACCUUGUUGGGCUUGACCGAAGCAAUUACGCUGUAAAUAAUUAUGCUGAAUGUGUAUUUUGGACUUUGAAAAAGAUUUAUAAAAACGGAGAAGGAGGAAGGUUGAUGUCUCAACUACAUCGUACUUAUGACGUGUGUAGAACUACUGAUCGAGCAUUAUACAUGGAGUUUUUCAAGCCUGCGAUUUGGAUGUCCUUGCUUAUAUUUUUGUUCAGUAUGGUGGCUUUAGUUUUGGAUAUCAAAGCUAUUGUUGCUAGAGUAAUGCUAUUUAAGAAAAUUAGAGAUUUAGAAGUUAAAAAACAAGGUAUAAAAAACGAAUACACCCAAAGCGGCAAUUCCAUAACAAGAUUUUUUCAAAGAAUUGUUUAUUACCGUGUGAACCACCUGUCUCUCUCAGAUAUUCCAAAGAUUUUGUCAUAUUGGGUACUUUUUUCUAUUUCUCAACACUGUGUUAACAUUUUAACGUUUAUUCUCCAACUUUCAAUUCCUGGAAAAACUAUAGAAGUUUCCUUUUUUGUUGGACUUGGUGCCUUGCUGACAUGGUCUUCCACAAUCAGAUUCUUUCAAUUUUCUCCCAAUUUUUAUAUGUUUAGUAAGGCGUUUGAACGAGGUUUACCCCAAGUUAUUAGAUUUAUAAUUACGACUCUUCCUCUUUACUUUGGUUUUGCAUUGCUCGGAACAAUAAUGUUUGGUGAAUAUUCAAAAUAUUUCUUUGAUAUUAAUGAGGCCAUGGUCACCCUAUUUUCCUUAAUUUUCCAGGACAACAUGAGAGACACUUUUGACAGUGUAUUCGGAUAUCAAGGCUUCACAGCAUUCUUUUCCAGAUUUUAUAUUUACAUUUAUACCACUAUAUUUAUCUGUGUGAUUGCCAACGUGUUUACCAGCAUCAUGGAGGAUGCGUUUUUCUCUCUCAAAGAAAAUCAAGAAAAUCUCGAAAAACAAGUCAACAAGAACGCCAAAGAUGAUGAAGCAUCAUCAACCUCGAGUGGCGAAUCUGAUGUUUCCAUUAUUAAUGUUUCCAUUAAUGAUUUGUCUGAAGAUGCAGAAGAUGAUUAUUUGCAGCAGGUCAUUAAAAAGGAAGAACAAAAGGAACAAAAAAUUAUAUGCGUUAAGGAACAAUAUUUUCCACAAGAUGGUUAUACUUCUCUGAAAUACAUUUUAGAUGAGGAAUCCAUCAAAGAUAAUGUGAACCGUAUUGUGACCAUUGUAAAAACUCUCUGUAAGGACAAGAAUUUGUCGGAAGAGGAUCAACAAUUAUUGAAAUCCAUCGAAAGCAAGGCCGUCUCAAUUUAUUCCAAGACUGAGGUCCUUCCAGGCUUGCAUGUGGAUCAAGAAGAAUUGCAAGCACAGCUUUUCAAACUAAGAAAAUCUGAUGCGGAUAAGGAAGAAAAUAGUGACUUAUUCAAAACAAAAGAAGAUUAA